GACGCCCACCGUGCACGUUGCACCGUUCGUUUGUCCUGUUGCGACGUUCUUUCGGAGUACGCCAAUUUUACAAGAGUUCUGCCUUUCAAAUUUUCAGAAAAGAUCUUACUUCUAUUUUUUCAAUUGUACCACGCGCAUAGUCAUAUCGCGUGAUUUAAACGGACAUCUAUUUAAGCAUCGAUCGUUCAAAAGACGUUGCACUGUAUCUUUUUAUCUUUCCUCCAAAGUUAAAUUAUGGUGAUAGAUGGGUGCUGAUGGACAUUUUCGAGUGACCUUGUCCCUAAGGCGCGAACCGGCCGCAGGUCCUGUUUACUGUAAAAUGGAGACAUCGGCGAGAUUUCGACAGCUGAAGACAGUGAAACUAAGCUGCGAAGCCACGUAUCGGUUGGACAUCAGCUUCAAACCACCGCAAUUAUUAGAGUCCCUGAGCAUAGGAGGGAAACAAGUGGAAACGAUUGAACGUGCACGAGACGGGACAGCCUGUGCUUACAGUGCUUAUCACAGCACAAAGGGUAUACCGGCGAGUGCUCGUGGUCAUCGUGAAGAAUUGCCAAUAGCCAUGCGUGUCUUGGGUUCCGGUUACCUGACUACUUGUCUGCAGAUCAAAUACUACCGCCAAGACGAUCAGAGCCACUGUGAAUGGGGUGCCAGGUUACAUUGUAUCGAAUUGGACUGUUCGAGCGUGGAAGGCAGAUUAGUUACGGUAGACAGGGAAACAUAUAGGAAACUUGGCAUAGAAUCCUAGCAAUCGAUGGGUGUCAAUGUCAUGAAAGCCAUCACAUAGAGAAAGUGGCUGAUAUUUAUUUCUUAUCGCUUGUCGAUUGUGAUUGGCAUAUUUCCGAUUGAAACAACAUUAAAAUCGCUUGACCAAUAAAAAGGUCAGAAUACAGGUGGCGGGUUUCUGUUUGGAACUUGAACAGCACAGCUUAGGAUUUGAAUCGUAUAAUAGGAAAUUUUUGGCUACUUUAACACGUUAAGAAGCUCGACGUGUGAACAUAAUAAAAUAAGGUGAACAUUUUCGACAAUUUCCGUGGUAUUGAUCGGCGGAAGAAAAAUGGAGAAUAACUAUCUCUCUGUAUGGUAUCAAUCAGAUUUUUCAAGAAGGAAAACGUAAAUAUUUGCUAAUGAGAAAACAAACAUAACGAUUCCUUUUGGUCCCUUAACGACUAGAUAUAUAAUUAUCAAACGGUGGAUCCAUUUCAUUAACGUAAUCCAAAUGUAAUUUCAUUCUCCUAUUUUUCUAUAUCGAGAGACGUGUUUGUAUAUACGUACAUAUAUGUAUAUCAGGAACAUUCAUGUAUAUAUAAUGAUUGUUAUAAAGUGAUAUAGAAAAUAGACAUAAUGCUACGAAUAUAAGUGUAUUUUAUUUAACCUAAAUAUGGAACGAUGUAUUUUAGAAUUAUAUUUAACGCGUUAUUACCAUAGAGAUACAAAGAUGGAGUACCUGAGUCAUGUUAUCGUGUAAGUGGAUGCGAUAUAUCUAUAGAAAAAGAACGCUGCAUAGAGACUUCUGCUUUCUUUCUAUGUCCUCUAAUUAAGUAUGCACACGACGCUGCUCGUUGAUCGGUGUUACUUUACACUUACAUAUUUACUGUACGAAUAAGCAUGUGUUAUACAAAUAAGAAAAGAUCUUUAUAUAGCGUUCUCUUUCUAUUUCUAUAUUAUCUUCUCAGCUCGCUCACAGACUUUGUUUUUAUAUCUCUAUGAUUAUUACGAACUACAAUCUUUUUAACGAAUCGUAAUCGUUAAGGAAUCGAUUAGGAAAAUAUUUGAUCUAUCGACAGUCUAAAUUGUUAUCGAAUCGUAAUCUCGCAAUAUUUUUACGAUAUACAUAACGUAUCAGGAAUUAAGCACUCCAUGCCUAGCGACCAAUAGUAUAUGUAUAUGUAUAUUUAAUCUGUCUAUUG